AUGCAGGGCUUUAACCUGUUUACUUUCUUGUGCUGUACUUUCUUUCUUAACUCUUUAUUCUCAAGGCGCUUCUUUACCUUGGCUCGAUCUGGAAAUCUCAAGACAUUUCCACGCGCAGCACAGGCACCUUAUCCACCUUCACUAAAAUAUCAUUGGAAGAGGGCAGAGGACAGCAAAGAUGGUGCGGCGGGAGCCAAAACGGUCUGUGUGCCUCCAAUAGGGCCACCACUAGAAUCCAGUAGUGAUAGACCCAAACGGUCAAAGAAAGCCGUUGUUCAGCGCCGUGAGGAGCUAAGAUGCCAUGGCUUAAAAACAAACAAAUACAUCAAUAAAGAUCGUCUACAGAAGAUUAUGGAAGAUGAAUUUUGUACCGAUGCCUUUGCCCAGGGUGAAGUGGAUAAAGAAAAAUGUGUCAUUACUGGUCGACUUGACAAAGAUUCAGGUUCAAUAGCAAGAACCUAUUUACAAGGCACAGUAGAAGAAUUUGAUAUUGCUCUAGACUUCAAGCCAGGGUACUUCCCAGUGAUGAAUGUUACGGAGUGUAAGGGAACAUUCACCUAUCAGCUCAUUGAUGGGUGCGACGAAAAGAACGGCGAGAACCCACUGGACUGGAAAGCAGGCGGUGUCUAUAAUUCUGGAACAGUCGCCUACCGUAUCGACCCAAAAAUCGAGCGGCGUCCAGCUCCCAAAGUUCCUACAGCUGGAUGUCAGAAGUUUAAAGGAAUCAUAUGGGGCCGUGGUUUUGGAGGCGGUGACUGGGGGAAGCUAUUGCUAAAUUGGCUGGAGGAAUGUAAUGGUCACCAUCGUAUAAACCUUUACCCCCAGUUUAAGUACUUCUUUGAUCGCGGAGAGAGAGAAUGGGAGCUGCGAGUUAAGAAGAACAAGCAGACCGCUGGGUGCGUGGGACAUGCGAUUAAAAUGGCCGGCGGCCCUGCCAAUGCGGGUUGCGACUUUUGGCAAGAUUGGGUAAAAAAGUUGAAGCCUUCCGGCCCUCAGGGCUCGGAGUUGCUUGAACAGGAGCGGGCAAAGUCAAAGUUAUCUGUAGACAAACUGGCAGAACUUAUUCACACGAAGGAGACCUUGCAAAAACAAGCUCGCCUUCUUAGUAUCAUGGAAAACGAGCCUGCCUUCGACAAAUCACAGAACCACAGUCUUGGUCGGGUUGAGCGCUUGAAGAAAUCUCUAGGGAAGGCCAAACGUCUCCAGAAUUUGAGAACACAGCAUGGGUGGUCUCAAGAUGAGUUCAUGAUGGCAAACGAUUUACUCGGCGAGCCCACUCCCUAUGGACUUCAUGCAAGCAUGUUCUUGGUUACUCUCAGAGAGCAGGGUACUCCAGAGCAGCAUAAGCGUUUCCUUGAGCCGGCCGAGAAGUACGAAUAUAUUGGCUGUUAUGCACAGACGGAACUCGGACACGGCUCCAAUGUCCGAGGUCUCGAAACGACCGCCACCUGGGACCCAACUGAUAAGACCUUCGUCAUUCAUUCGCCGUACUUGACAGCUUCGAAGUGGUGGAUUGGCUCCCUUGGCCGAACGGCCAACCAUGCUGUUGUUAUGGCCCAAUUGAUCAUUAACGGCAAAAGCUUUGGCCCUCAUCCCUUCGUUGUCCAGGUUCGUGACUUGAAGACCCAUGAGCCUUUGGAAAACGUUCAUGUUGGAGAUAUUGGCCCGAAGUUUGGUUACAAGUACGUGAGAAAUAGAUCUUUCAUGCCUGACCUCAGAGACUAA